GCUUGCGAUUCUCCAAGUUGUAUUUCUAUCUUUUAACCGCCACUGAUACAAGUUCUUAACCACAACUUUUGUGACGCAUUAGGUUAUUUUGCGGUUGACAAGGACUCUGAGCCUGGGAAGCUUGUGUUUAACCGGACGGUCACACUCAGAGACAGCUACGGGAAAGUUGGGAAGUACAAUUCUCCACCCCAUAUUAACCACUUUGUUGUUUGAAACUUUACAAGGCAGUAAAUUAAAACUUUGUUUUUGUUACGCACCUAGUGCAAGCCAGUUAAGAUGUGGUUUUGUUGACCUUGUUUCUAAGUGAAUGGAACUAAUCCUUGGAUAAUUCGUUUACCAAAUACAUAAUAGAAAGGUGAAUAACACAACUUCUGCUUCAAGAUAAGUUUAGUUGGGCAGAACAAUAAGUGAAAAAGUAGAGAAACACAUGGAAUAAAGAAAGGAACAACAAGGAAUGGAGAACAGUUAUGAUUUCCAAAUUUAGAAAGUUAUUAAUGGUAAUUUGUGCCCAUCAGUUUUCUUUUUCCGGAAAUCCAUUGGUGUUACUGAAUUGAAAGAUAUUUUUAUUUAUUAGAGACGGGACUUGUGAAUUACUGUAGUAGUAAACUUUAAAGAUUGAAAUUUUACAAGGCUAUUUUUUUUAUGUGCAUACCACCCUAAUCGAUAGGCUAUUCUACUGUUGAUUUUUUGGAUACUCUAAACUCUGCUUCCUUUAAUUGUGUGUAAACUAAGCAAACAGCCACAGAUUGGUUGAUUAUAAAAACGAUGUGGGAAAGAAAAUACAUCUGAAUACCAAAAUAGACAAAGUAACAAAAUGCUGGUACAUGUACGGUUGCAUGCAAAAACCAAUAACAUUUCCUAAGCUACAUUGUUAAAUUGGAGGAGUUGGAGUGAAUGUAGCCCUACAAAAAAGAUGGACGGAGCUUAGCAGCUUCAAUAGUAGGAAUAUUUAUGUAACAUAUGGCUCUUCUCAGCUUCUACUUCAGCAAACUUUUUGUUGUUCAUAUGAGGCUGUUUUGUGUUUGAGGCCUGAGUUCCUCCAGAGAAUUAGAAGCCUUUGAAUUUCUAAUAUUUCUGACAUGUUUUCUAACUGUUAAGAAUAUAAAAAUGAGUACAAGACAAAACUCAUUUGAGACCUAGCUAUGAAGUGCUUAUUUAACACGGUUGGAUUUGAGAAUUUGUUUAAACAGUAAGAUCUAAUUUAAAUUUAGAAGAGGUUACUAAAGAGUAUCGCUUUGAAAUAACAACAAUGAAAAUCACCAAACACUAUUUUCCAUCACCCAAUAAAACUUUGUCCUGAAAGUAAGAAAAUCAACCACGCAGGCGUGGUCGAUUGGUACACGAGUUCCAUCACCCAGUAUAACUUAUCUUCAGAUUACACAUAUGUGUGGCUAUGAGACAUGAGUAUUUGACUACUACUUAAGAAAUUGGAUUUGUAUGUCAAUUAGUUUGAGCUUCGGUUUAAGACACUCCAAAUCCACCAAAAAAGGAAAAAAAAGUAAGUAAAUCACUAUCAUGAUCCAUCGUCAUAAGUCAUUUUUUAGCAUGCUUUUAACAAAAUUACCAAUGUAAAUAAUUUAGAAAGUCAAUAGCCAUUUAAUAAAUCUACAUGAAAAAUUAUCUCCUCGUGGUAAUACUAGUUAGGCAAAAUAAAUUAUUAGAUGAUUCAAAAAACUUAUGACCACUACUAAAUUUUGGGGUAGAUAUAACUAAUUCAUGUUUAUUCAUAAUAAAAAUAUUUUCCUUAACAAAUCAUUUACUUUUUGUUGCCACGUUGAAAAGGCUAUUACCGUAAUGUAUAGUGUGGACAAAACUAAUCAUAAUUAAUGUGAACAAUACAUAUAUAUAUAUAUAUAUAUUUAUUAUUUUUUUUUUUUGAUAAAAUGAAAGCAGAGAUAUUCCCAACUGGAACUAGUAUUAGUUGGAUAGUUGUCUCAUUAUUGAUGUAAGAAAAUGGAAAGUGGUGAAGCCAAUCUUUAACGAUUGGGAUGGGCUUGGAUUUUUUUGCCUCUUCCCAAUCAUAUUGAUGUCACGCCAUCAAAGUUUAAUUUGCUAAUUUCUAUUAUUAAAGCAUUGAUUGACAAUUUAACUAUGAGGUUCACAUUACGUAUUCCCUCUGUUUAAUAAAAAAUAUAUAUUUUUUAAAAUUGUAAAUUGUAAAAAAAAUUUAAAAUUAAUUAUUAUUAUUAUAUUGUAAGUCAUUAAAAAUUAUGAGAAAAAUAGUCACAAAAUAUUAUAUUUAUAAUCAAAAUUUAAAAUAUUUUUUUAAUGUGUGGAAUUUCCGAAACAAGAAAAAUUUUAAAAUGAUAAAAUUAUUUGCAGAAUCGCAUAAUUAGCCUUCCAAAUACCGAAACCUAGAUUCAAUUAUAUGAUAUCAAAUGAUUCUCUUUGUGGGAGUUCGGACUCGAUUUCCAAUACAAAAAUUAUUUUAGUUUUUCUUUUCGUGUUACUUUUAUUUUGCAACCGGCUAAAUCUAUCUAUGUCGUAACUAAACCACAUUAUUCGGUUGUGGAUUGAGACUUUGGAAGCCACACGCAAUGCAAAAACAUCAAAAGAUCUUUCGUUGUAAGUGUUUGGUUUCUAGUUUAAUUAUUCAAUUUUUAGUCUCAUAUAUUUACAAGUUAUACACUUUAAGUAUUACAAAUACAAGGAAAACAAAAUAUUGUGUAUUAAAAAGGAUAAAAACAUAAGCUCUUCGAACCAUGCAUAUAUGCUAUUCAAGGAAGAUAGAAUUGGGUUUUUGGGUUAACAGAUGUGCUAUACUUGUAACGUAUUUCAGAACUAAACGAAAUCAAAUACUGUAAAUAUUUAGUUGAUAUAAUUUGUAUAAAUGUUUACCAUGUAACCAGUUUAACUUAAGUAGACGUUAUUUUGGCAACUUAUAUAGUCUUAAGUGUUACAAAAAGAUAUAGUUAAUGUAAUUCCACUAACUGAACGAGUUAGCCGUUUAACACUAAGUCGUCCUAUUUACGUUUUGUCUGAUAGCCUAAUGAUUCAAAAACUUGUUGUGAUCACUCGACGAUCAUUAAUGCAAUUUCUUCUGUUUCAAUUUGGCACCAUACUUGUAUACAUUAAAAGGGAUCCUCAAAAGGUCCCGACAGGUUAGAUAUAUCUAACAUUGAACAUGGGUCCCACAAAAUCUACUACACAAUGAUAAAUGGAAACCUAGGUACAAGUUCUUUUUGAUCCUCACACGUUUCUUUCUCAUUCUCACUAAGUCACACAAUACAAGGAGCAAAUACCAAAUCACUCAGAAAAAAAUAAAAGUAAAUACAUAAAAUAUUGAUCCCAUCUUAAUAAUCUCUAUCUAUAUAAACAACCACAACUCAAUUGCAGAAUUUACAACUGUCUUAGAGAAAGGAAAAAGAAAAACAAAGCUCGCAAAAAUAAAUCAUAUAUAUUUUAGCUUGCAGUGUCUCUAAUGGCACGGUAUGAGCCAUAUAAUUAUAACAUUGGUCUUAACCCUUCGUUACCACAUAUUAACCAAAAUCAAGAGCUGAUAAAUCUGGACUUACCAGUUUCUACUACUCCGUCCAGUUUUAUGCUUUUCUCCAAUGGAGAUUUAGUUGAUGCCCGUCACAACAAUUCUCACUUCUCCCCAAAUUUAUUGCACGGUGAUUUGGGAAGACAAGACAAAAAAGAAGAGAGUGGGUCGAAGAGAAAAAGAAAGAGGUCGGAAGAGGAAGAAUCCAUUAAUGAAGAUAAUAUUGAGAAGGCAAGAGAUGUUGUUCAUGUUCGAGCUAAGAGGGGUCAAGCUACUGAUAGCCACAGUUUGGCUGAAAGGGUACGAAGAGAGAAGAUAAAUGAAAGGCUGAAGUGCUUACAAGACCUUGUUCCCGGCUGCUACAAGACAAUGGGUAUGGCAGUGAUGCUUGAAGUCAUCAUAGAUUAUGUUCGAUCGCUGCAGAAUCAAAUCGAGUUUUUGUCCAUGAAACUCUCAGCGGCAAGUGCGUAUUAUGACCUUAAUUCUUUGGAUAUUGAGCCAACGGAUACAUUUCAGGGAGGGAAUAUGUAUAGUGCUGAAGAGAUGGAAAGGAUCUUAAGAGAAGGUGUAGGAACACAGCCUCCGAAUUUCAGUUCAACAUUGCCCUUUUGAUCAUAAGAAAAUAAUCAUAAAAGUUAUUCUAUAAUUAAACUCUAUAAAUAAGGACUUGUCAUAUCAGUAUACGUUUAUAAUAAAUGUAUAACCUUAUGAAUCUUAUGCAUAUAUGUAACUUGAAAAUAAUAUAGAGUAAAAGUUAUGUUACUUAUCCUAUUUGUUAGAGGAAGGCUGAGUUGUUAAGGUUUUAUUGGGAGGCCCCCCCCGUAUUAUCCACGUGACUUCAAGGCUCGCUAGUUUCAGUCUCAGUUUCAGGCAUAAAAGCAUCAUGUGCGCUCUCUAGUUUCCAUGGCAUCUUUACCAUUAUCACCAGUCAAACGUCGAAGUUAGAGGACUUCUCUGCAUUUAGUGUUGCCUUCGUGCGAUGAUUGCCUCUAUCUAUGGUACUUUUAAUUCUAGUUUGGUUGUUAUACCAACCGUUCUUUUGGUCGUUUUAGCUCUGUUUUCAUAUAUAAAACUUUAGUUGAUCCAAAAAAGGGGGAAAAACAAGAAACUCUAUUUUGAAUAACAUAUGAUUUUGAUAUUAA